ACCGGGCCGGCCGGCUGAUCAAAUCUGCGAGUUGUGUAGUGCGAGAGUCGCGUAUAGUGUUAAGUUAUUUAUUACAAAAUACAAAAUAAUUUUUAAUAAUCAAAUAUGAGGGAAAUCGUGCACCUCCAGGCCGGCCAGUGCGGUAACCAGAUUGGAGCUAAGUUCUGGGAGAUCAUCUCCGACGAGCACGGCAUCGACCCCACCGGCGCCUACCAUGGCGACUCGGACCUGCAGCUGGAGCGCAUCAACGUGUACUACAAUGAGGCCUCCGGCGGCAAGUACGUGCCGCGCGCCAUCCUCGUCGACCUGGAGCCCGGCACCAUGGACUCGGUGCGCUCGGGCCCCUUCGGACAGAUCUUCCGGCCGGACAACUUCGUGUUCGGACAGUCCGGCGCCGGCAACAACUGGGCCAAGGGUCACUACACCGAGGGAGCCGAGCUAGUCGACUCUGUUCUUGAUGUAGUACGCAAAGAAUCCGAGUCCUGCGAUUGCCUACAGGGCUUCCAGCUCACACACUCACUUGGCGGUGGUACCGGUUCAGGAAUGGGAACACUUCUCAUCUCAAAGAUCCGUGAAGAAUACCCCGACAGAAUCAUGAACACAUACUCAGUCGUCCCCUCACCCAAAGUAUCAGACACCGUAGUCGAACCCUACAAUGCGACUCUCUCAGUCCACCAGCUCGUAGAAAACACAGACGAAACCUACUGCAUCGACAACGAGGCCCUUUAUGACAUCUGCUUCCGCACACUCAAACUGUCCACACCCACCUAUGGUGAUCUCAACCACUUGGUCUCCCUCACAAUGUCCGGUGUCACCACCUGCCUCAGGUUCCCCGGUCAGUUGAACGCUGAUCUCCGUAAAUUGGCCGUCAACAUGGUUCCCUUCCCCCGUCUUCACUUCUUCAUGCCCGGUUUCGCACCCCUCACAUCCCGCGGAAGCAGACAAUACCGUGCCCUCACCGUGCCCGAGCUCACGCAGCAGAUGUUCGAUGCCAAGAACAUGAUGGCGGCGUGCGACCCGCGCCACGGCCGCUACCUGACCGUGGCCGCCAUCUUCCGAGGCCGCAUGUCCAUGAAGGAGGUGGACGAGCAGAUGCUCAACAUCCAGAACAAGAACUCGUCAUACUUCGUGGAAUGGAUCCCCAACAACGUGAAGACCGCCGUGUGCGACAUCCCACCUCGCGGCCUCAAGAUGGCAGCCACGUUCAUCGGCAACUCCACCGCCAUCCAGGAGCUGUUCAAGCGCAUCUCGGAGCAGUUCACCGCUAUGUUCAGGCGCAAGGCUUUCUUGCACUGGUACACCGGCGAGGGCAUGGACGAGAUGGAGUUCACGGAGGCGGAGAGCAACAUGAACGACCUGGUGUCCGAGUACCAGCAGUACCAGGAGGCCACCGCCGACGAGGACGCCGAGUUCGACGAGGAGCAGGAGCAGGAGCUGGACGAGCACCACUAGAGGGGAGGGGACGGUGCCGCACAUAGUACAUUGCCAUGUAUUUACUCGUUACUUUACGUUUAAGUAACAUUAAUGAUUCCUACGAUGUGUUUUGAAUGAAAAGACAUGCUUUCUAACUUUUAACAGAACGCACGACUAAAACCCCGGAUAUGACGUUACUUGCGACUCGUGGACAUAUUUAUGUAAUUGUAUACAUAUACAUUCCUAGUGAUCCAUGCCUGGCCUCGUUGAGACAAGAUCUGAACAUUUCUUUAAGGCUGAUAGACACUCUUUAUGUAUUUAUGAUAAAGUCAGGAUGUCUCCAAACAUGGGCAUACAAGAAAGAUUAUAGAGUGCUUCAAUAACCGAAGUUUUAUUACGAUUAAAAUUGUUUUUUCAAGAUUAAUUUAAUGUAUAUAAUAAAGAUUUUUAUUUAA